ACUCUCGUUUCUCUUUCUUCCUGUCUGCUUGGAAAGAUGGCGUCCCGCAAGGAAGGUACCGGCUCUACUGCCACCUCUUCCAGCUCCACCGCCGGCUCAGCAGGGAAAGGCAAAGGCAAAGGCGGCUCCGGAGAUUCAGCCGUGAAGCAAGUGCAGAUAGAUGGCCUUGUGGUAUUAAAGAUAAUCAAACAUUAUCAAGAAGAAGGACAAGGAACCGAAGUUGUUCAAGGAGUGCUUUUGGGUCUGGUUGUAGAAGAUCGGCUUGAAAUUACCAACUGCUUUCCUUUCCCUCAGCACACAGAGGAUGAUGCUGACUUUGAUGAAGUCCAAUAUCAGAUGGAAAUGAUGCGGAGCCUUCGCCAUGUAAACAUUGAUCAUCUUCAUGUGGGCUGGUAUCAGUCCACAUACUAUGGCUCAUUCGUUACCCGGGCGCUCCUGGACUCUCAGUUUAGUUACCAGCAUGCCAUUGAAGAAUCUGUCGUUCUCAUUUAUGAUCCCAUAAAAACUGCCCAAGGGUCUCUCUCACUAAAGGCAUACAGACUGACUCCUAAACUGAUGGAAGUUUGUAAAGAAAAGGAUUUUUCUCCUGAAGCAUUGAAAAAAGCAAAUAUCACCUUUGAGUACAUGUUUGAAGAAGUGCCGAUUGUAAUUAAAAAUUCACAUCUGAUCAAUGUCCUAAUGUGGGAACUUGAAAAGAAGUCAGCUGUUGCAGAUAAACAUGAAUUGCUCAGCCUUGCCAGCAGCAAUCAUUUGGGGAAGAAUCUACAGUUGCUGAUGGACAGAGUGGAUGAAAUGAGCCAAGAUAUAGUUAAAUACAACACAUACAUGAGGAAUACUAGUAAACAACAGCAGCAGAAACAUCAGUAUCAGCAGCGUCGCCAGCAGGAGAAUAUGCAGCGCCAGAGCCGAGGAGAACCCCCGCUCCCUGAGGAGGACCUGUCCAAACUCUUCAAACCGCCACAGCCGCCUGCCAGGAUGGACUCGCUGCUCAUUGCAGGCCAGAUAAACACUUACUGCCAGAACAUCAAGGAGUUCACUGCCCAAAACUUAGGCAAACUCUUCAUGGCCCAGGCUCUUCAAGAAUACAACAGCUAAGAAAAGGAAGUUUCCAGAAAAGAAGUUAACAUGAACUCUUGAAAUCACACCGGGGCAACUCUUGGAAGAAAUAUAUUUGCAUAUUGAAAAGCACAGAGGAUUUCUUUAGUGUCAUUGCCGAUUUUGGCUAUAACCGUGUCUUUCUAGCCAUAAUAAAAUAAAACAAAAUUUUGACUGCUUGCUCA